UGUUCCGUUCUAUUCUGCUCUACUCAACACGGUAAUUACAACCAACCACUACAUCCGAUCAGAAACCCCCUACGACAGCUUUAGGUCCAUACGAACAAAAGAUUUUUUACAAACACGACGAUUUUAUAGAAUAGCAAGAUGGAUUUCUCUGAUGCUUUGUGAGUGAUCCCAGAGCUUGCUCCAGCCAUGCUUGUUGCGCGGCUUUGAGCUUGGUGAUUGAGAUGCGGUUGGAAGGCUGGGCUCGUAGGCAUGGUUGAGGGACGAGGACAAGAGGGCGGAAGCUGCAGCUGAACCUAUACUAUAUAUACCUAAGCGCACUUGAUGGGUUUGGCAAUAGCAGACGAUACAUAGCCAAAGUGAUGAAAGUGGAUCCAGUUUGAAGCUCCAUCAAGCUUCCAGGCUUCAUCCGGAGCUCUCUUAGCCUUCAACCGCAUCAUCCUCUCCUGCCAGCGUCCGCGAUUGAAUGCGCCAGCUCAAAACUCACAACUGAAGAUGUGGCUAAUGAUAAUUUCUUCUUAGUCGACUUGUCAAUUUGGCGGUGGGAGUUUUCAUGGUUCUUGGUGGAAUUUCCCAAUUCUUCCCACUAGGCUUGUAGGUACCAACAUUUAUGUGACGACAAGCCCCGGGAAUUUUUCGCACUAAUAUCACUAUAGUCAAUCUAUUAUCAUCGGAUGUUAUGUUAUUAUCUUCGGAAUCUGUGAGUAUCUUCAUGUUUUAUCAGUUAUAUCUCUCCUUCGUGGACUUUACUAACAGCUAACUUUCCAGGUACUGCUCUUCUCGGUUCGUCCCACCCAACUCUAACCUCCGAGUUUCACAAAGAUUCAUCUCCCAAACCUCAGUCGCGAUUUCGAAUGAGCCUGCGAAAUUCCUGCGCAAAAUACUAACACAAACUAUAGAAUUCCAAAUCCCACCCCAAGUCGCCCGCUAUGCGUCUUUCCUCUUUUCCUUCGUCGGUCGAGGAAUCUGUACGUCUCCCGCCCCCCCAUGCAACACACACCAGAAAACGGAGCAAAACUAACACCAAAUAAUAGUCUAUGUAUUCGUUGGGUCCAUCCUCUUGCACGACCACGUCUUGCGCUUUAUUGCUGGUUCCUUGAUCGGCAUAAUCGGUCUCGUUUAUAUUGCCCUUGAAUUUGUUCCAUCUAUCGAACCACCUGCAAACAUGAGGUAAAUGGCUGUUCUCCUACCAGACCCUGCCGCUUUAUCUAUUCACAAAUACCACCUAAACCCUUUUUCUAACAAUUGUCACCGCAUACAGAGAAGCAGAUGGAGGAUGGGGCGCCGAACAAGUUUAAUCCCAUCGCAUACCUCAAUUACGAGUCCCGAGUUCCAAAUCUCCUCGCGUGCGAUCCCGCGGCUCGAACAAAAUCUUAUUAUUCAUACCUGCCUUUGUGCCUUGAUACCGCAUCGACUUUCCCGUCGCAAAUUCUACCUCAACCACCAUCCAUUUAUUGGUACGAGGCUUGUACUACUACUUAUCAUGUUAUCUCUCCCCAUCCGACUCAAUGAUUCGGAUUAGCUAUAGAAAACAUCGCGAUUCAUUUAUGCAUUUCCUUACCUUUCAUUGUGUGUGUGUGUUUUGUAUGUACCUUAGGAAUUCUACAAUAAAAGCAAGAAACAAGCACAGAGGGCGGAAAAUUCCAAAAUUCACAUGGUGGCACUUCCAGCUGGGAACAUGAUAUUGAU